AAAGAUAAACUCUGAAUUAGUGCAGCCAGUUCAGCUAUAAAGAACAGACCCAGUGUUAUCAUCAUCGUCAGAUUAGGGUCGCGCCUUUUGAGACGUCGCACGUCGCACGUCGCACGUCGCACGUCGCACGUCGCGUGCCUAUCUGUACCGUUGCGACGCUGUGACGCGCACAGCGUCGUUGACUUUCUCGCAAAGUGUUUUUCCUCAAAAAAGAAAAAGAAAGACCGAGAUCGGUGAAAUCAUCCGACAUUCGAUGGUAGGCGAGAAAGAAUCCUGUACGUUAAAUUGUCGCGUUACUCUCACGAACGGGACCAAUCUCGGAGUGAAUUUCGGUAGCGUCGAGAUCUUCGAGAUCGCGACGCAGCGAAAAAGAAUACGAUUACUCGACGACGAUGUUCGGUAACGCGGUACAAGCGAAGCUGGCGUCGAUGGUGCUGAUCGGCGCCGGUAGCUUCUUCGUCGGCAUCGCGCCCGCCUGCUUCAUCUCGAGCGCUCAGCGUCUACAGCGCAAAUUGCUGCUCUCCUGUGCCUUGUGCUUUGGCGCCGGUGUCCUGUUGGCCACCUCGACGCUGCACGUAUUGCCGGAAGUGCGCGAGGGUCUGCCGGAUUACGCCGAACUCGUGUUUUCCUGCGGCUUCCUCGUGCUCUACCUGGUUGAGGAAUGCGUUCAUUAUUUUUGUCGAAGCGGCGAUCACGUGGCCGAGAUGGAUCAUUCCAGGCACAGGAAUACGAACGAGCGAGGUAGUUUGGACUGUCGGAACCAUUCCCAUGGUGUCGGUUACAAUGCCGCUACACAAGACAGCAAAGUUUACGUAUCCGAGGGAGAUGUGAGAUUACCGUUUAAUUAUCGACAAAGUUCCUUUGGUAACAACAGCACCAAUAAUACAUGGACGUUUAGUGGCUAUGGUGCGACACGAUGCAACGCACAUGACGGCCCUUCGUCAAGCGAGGAGACCACAUUUUUGUGUCAUGGAAAUCACGGAGAGCAAUGCACCGAUGCUAAUACCGGUCUUGCCGGUCUUGCCCUCGCCCUCACUGUACACGCCGUUCUUGAAGGACUUGCGAUAGGGCUGCAAACGCAAAUCGCCGAAGUAUUGUUGUUGACCGGAGCCGUAGCAUCACACAAGUAUGUCGUCGGCUUUUGUUUGGGAUUGGAAUUGGCGGGAGUCAGCAAAUCUGUGCCUAAAUUAGUAUUUGCAAUUUUCGUAUUCGCCAUCGGAUCUGUGAUUGGAAUCGGUAUCGGCAUGCUAACAUUUCAGGCAGAUACAGAUUGGUCAAAGGUGGUACUGCCGAUCUUGCAAGGUCUGGCAGGCGGAACUUUGUUAUAUGUUACCGUGAGUGAGGUUCUUCCAAGGUAUUUUACAAUUUUUUUCGGUAUUUGUCGGAUUUGUCGUUAUCUUUCUUCUUAACAACUAUGUGGGUGAGUGAAUUCUGAUUAUACCAAAUUUUAAAUUAAUUUGGUAAAAAGGGCAUUGUAUAAAAUUUUAAAAACUGCGAGAGAGAUGCAGUUUGCAUAUUGACUUGUAAUACUUUUAAGUUUACCUAAUAGUUUAAUAAUUAGAUAAAAAAGCGAUAUAUGAGAGAGAUUGUAUGUGUACUUUAUCGAUUUUGUAUAAAAACAAAAUCAAAAUUGCGAUUGAAAUAUUAAAUUCUUUCAACGCAAUG